AUGGUGCCCACCGUGGCUGGCGGUACGGCCAGAAGGGCCUUCCUCCGCCACAAGGGCACCUCUCUGCCUCGUCACUUUGGUUUUGACGCCGAAUUUCGCCGGUUCGCCAUGAAGCGCUCUGGUGCGGGCAGCUUCCAGGACUUCUACCGCCUGCUGCAGACGGUGCACCAGAUCCCACGGGUGGAUGUGCUCCUGGGCUACACGGACGUCCACGGCGACCUCCUGCCCAUCAACAAUGAUGACAACUACCACAAAGCCCUGUCCUCUGCCAACCCCCUCCUCAGGGUCAUCAUCCAGAAGAAGGCAGAGUCUGAUGCCAGCGUCUUCGCCUCGAACUCCUUGCAGCGGAAGAAGAAGGGUCUGUUGCGCCCCACGCACUACCGGGCCAAGCCUCACCUCCUCAUCGGCAUGCCCCAGGACUUCCGCCAGAUCUCCUCCAUCAUUGACGUGGACAUCCUGCCCGAGACCCACCGCCGUGUGCGGCUUCACAAGCACGGCUCCGAUAAGCCACUGGGCUUCUACAUCCGUGACGGCGUCAGUGUGCGCGUGGCCCCGCAGGGUGUCGAGAAGGUGCCCGGCAUCUUCAUCUCCCGCCUGGUGAAGGGCGGCUUGGCUGAGAGCACGGGGCUGCUGGCGGUGAGCGACGAGAUCCUGGAGGUCAACGGCAUUGACGUGGCUGGCAAGUCCCUGGACCAGGUGACGGACAUGAUGGUGGCCAAUAGCCACAACCUCAUCAUCACCGUUAAACCAGCCAACCAGCGCAACAACGUCAUCCGCAGCAGCAAGGCCUCGGGCAGCUCAGGCAUGUCCACAGACAGCACUCCCAGCCAGCAGACCCCCAGCCCGGCCUCGCAGUACCUGAGCAACUACAGCACAGCUGAGAGCGACGAGGAGGGCGACCUCGUCAUCGAGAGCGACAGCACACCCCACUACAUCCCCGGGGGCUGCCCCAAUGGGGGCCCCACGGACGGACCCCUCCAGCAGAGCCUGUCCCCACACAGCUCGCGGGGCUCCCUGCAGUCCUUUGGCAGCCACGACGGCAGCCCCGGCCGGGGCAGUGGGCGGGAGGACGGCACCCUCCUCACCCUAUAG